GACGUCAAAGGUUCAAGCCAAGCCAAGACGAGGCCCAUCGCUACUGAUGCCAGUUUCUUCACCGACAGAAAACACACAUAGCCGCCUCGAAAUCACUCGUGCCGAUCCCGGGGUGCUUGGCCACCACCGGCCAGUCCCCGGCUGCAGUCCAGGGAGAGCCAUGUCUGUUUGGGACAUCGAAGUCGAGGAAGCCUCGUCGGAGGUCGCCCACGGUCCUUGGUAUCUGCUGGAGAAGGACACAGACGGAGCUUCGUUAGAGGAUGCCGAGACAGGGAAGCUGCUCAAGGACAGCGAGGACGACAGCGAGGACGAAGAAAAACUUGAUUUCUUCAAGCGCGUGGGCGGCGGCGAACGGAGCAGAAGUCGUGACGUCGAGAGCUUCCAGCGGUCUCCGCAACGCGGAGACAAACGCAGCGGUCGCCGCCACAGCCUGCUGGAGCUCGCCUACGACGUUGCUCCUGAGCUCUUGCGCUGCGCUUUCGAAGCCGGGUAUGUGUACCUCCUCACUUGGCUCGUGGAGGAAACGCCGAGUGAGGAUUGGGCCCUCCCCCAAAUGCUGUCCGGCGUCGAGAUCCCGGUGGUGAUCCUGUCGAGGGCCCACCUGUACGUCGUCACGGCUCGGCUCAUGUCCUGGUCGGUGGCCAAGCUGCGCGCCAUCGAGGAGGGCGUGGCCAGCUGUACGCUGUUCCUGCUCGUGCUGCUGCUCGCGGUGCUUCUGCUCAGCGCCGGAAGCGCCCACGCGCUCUUGCUGGUGCAGGGCAUCAAGGGGCUGCUCGGGCGCCUGGCCAUGACGGCGUGGCUCUCGACCUACGAAGGCUGCAACAAGUACCUCGUCUGCCGGCCGCACAAGCGGGACCCGAAGAGCUGCACGCUUCCCACGUGGUGCCGCGUGUCCCGUAACAGCACGACCAGCGACGCGCUCUGGAUCGAUGCCUUCGUGUACGAGGCUCUUGCCAUGUCAGAUCAAGGCCAGCUGAUCCAGGUGAUCAAGGAGAUGCACGGGGAGUCCCUGGAGCACUUCGCACGCCUCUACGCAUUCGCCACGUGCGCCUGGGCGUACGCUCUGGUCGCUGCCACGUGGGCGGCCGCCAAGAUGCAAAUGACGAUGUACGCCGACGUCAUUUCCGCCUGGCGCGUCUUCGUGCGCCACGCGCAGCGACAGCUGGACGUCCACGCCACUCGAACGGACGCCCUGCGCACGGCGGCGGCGCUGCGGUCGAUUGUGUACGGAAAGCCUACGCGGCCGGAGCCCAUUCUGAUCCGCGUGCACACGCCCCCAUGCGGCUGGUUGCUGUGGUGACGAAAUGACGGACGCGUUGUUACCCCGCUGUUCCCUUUAGUGGCGUGGACCGUCUUCGAAGCGAUUAAAAAAAUUAGGUAGCGUUGGGCGAACAUCCAAGCA